AUGCCGCAGGUCAAGAAAAAUAAAUUCCACCAACUCAACCGCCAUCUGCAUGUGCCUUUUAGAUUUGAUGACAUAUUUAGACUGGAACGGGCGUCGAAGGUCGCCAGCGGUGUCAUGAACCAAGCUGCGAAAGAUGCAGCCAAAGACGCAGCCAAAUACCUGAAAAGCACGCUACGACUGCCAAGUUCGAAAUUCCCUCCACGCCCUCCCCCAGCCGACCUUGCCAGACUCCUCCCCAAAUGCACCGACGAGCUGUAUGCAUGGCAGCGCCAGGAACGGCCAGCCUCGAAUCCAUUUGUUCUCCAUGAUGGGCCACCUUACGCGAACGGCGAUCUGCAUGUCGGGCACGCACUCAACAAGAUCGUCAAGGACAUUAUCUGCCGCUCGAAGCUCGCAGAGGGAAAACGUAUCAGCUACACACCCGGCUGGGACUGCCAUGGCCUGCCGAUCGAGCUGAAAGCCCUGGAGGCGUCUGGAUGGGAGCGUGGUCAGGGCAUCGACCCGGUCAAGAUCCGAAAAGCGGCAAGGAAGUUCGCGUACAAGGCCGUGGAGAAGCAGAUGGCCGGCUUCCGUUCCUGGGGUGUCAUGGGUGAUUGGGCGAAUCAUUGGACGACCAUGCAGAGAGACUUUGAACUGAGGCAAUUGGCCGUCUUCCAGGCUAUGGCUGAGCAUGGCCUGAUCUACAGGAAGAAUAAACCGGUUUAUUGGUCGCCUUCAUCGGGCACGGCCCUCGCGGAGGCGGAGCUGGAGUACCAGGAGGACCAUGUAUCAACAGCGGCGUUUGUGAAGUUUCGACUUGCUGCUGCGAUCCCCGGUGUUGAGGGCCCGGUGUACCUCUUGAUCUGGACCACUACGCCCUGGACAGUCCCGGCAAAUCAGGCGAUUGCGAUUCAUGAGGGAUUGGAUUACUCGCUGAUUAGGUCUCCGAGUAAUGGGUUGCUUGUCGUGGCAAGCUCGAGAAUUGAGUAUAUGAAAUCGAUCCUGAGCGAACAUCUUGACGUCGUGUCGGAACGAGUGUCACCCGAUCUGCUGCUCAAGGCGACCUACUCCGGCCUGGCAGCAUUCGGCAGUGAUGCAGAAAACAGACCUAUCAUUCACGCCGACUUUGUCUCGGCGGAAAGCGGUACUGGUUUGGUGCACUGUGCACCCGGACACGGCAUGGAGGAUUACGAGGCAUUGCAACCGUGGAUCCGGUCUGGAGUCGUAACGGUCAAGGCUCCAGUGGACAACGGUGGUCGAUUCGACGAGAACGCUUCCCCGUUAGAUCCGACCGUUCUCAAGGGCCAAGAAGUGUUCAAGGUAGGGAACCAAACAGUGCUGGAUCUGCUUGCUGCAAACAAGGUACUUGCGCACAGCCAUUCCUUCAAGCACAAAUAUCCGAUCGACUGGAGGACCAAGGAGCCCGUAAUGAUACGCGCGACGGCACAAUGGUUCACGGAUAUUUCCAAGAUCAAAAGUGACACCCUCCAGGCAUUGGAACCUGUGAAGUUCGUGCCGGAGUCAGGCCGAUCCCGUCUGCGUGCAUUUGUAGAAAAUCGGAGUGAAUGGUGUAUUUCCCGACAGCGGUCGUGGGGUGUUCCGAUCCCUGCGAUCUACCACAAGACAACCGGCGAGGCUGUGAUUGAUCGGGGGAGCAUUCAGCAUAUCAUUUCGACCAUUAAAGACCGUGGGAUCGAUGCGUGGUGGUCUGAUGCGCCAGACGAUCCGGCAUGGAUUGCUCCAGGUUUGAAUCCAGCAGACUACGUAAGGGGAGCCGACACCAUGGACGUGUGGUUCGACAGCGGCACGAGCUGGACAUCCAUGCUUGACCCGAGCUCGCCGCCGACAAAACCACUUGCGGACGUCAACGUCGAAGGCACUGACCAACAUCGAGGCUGGUUCCAAUCGAGUCUACUCACACACAUCGCAUAUCAGAAAUCCAUGUAUCCCGACGCCACGAAUUCCUACGCCCCCUUCCAGACUCUCGCUACCCAUGGUUUCACACUCGACGCGCAGGGCAAGAAGAUGAGCAAAUCCCUCGGCAAUGUGAUCGCGCCCAUGGAGAUCAUCCUGGGCAUGAAUUCGGGACCGAAAGUCGUCGCGUCUAAAUCUUCCAAGAAACCGCGGGAAUACCAUCCUCUGGGGCCCGACGCUCUGCGCCUCUGGGUUGCGAGCAGCGAUUGGACGAAAGACGUGGUCAUCAGCGAGACGGUCGUCAAGACGAUCCACGCAUCGCUGGAUAAAUACCGCGUCACAAUGAAGCUGCUGCUCGGGCUUCUAGAGGACUUUACCUUGGACAAGGCUGUGCCGUAUGAAGACUUGUCUUUUUUCGAUCAAGUCGCGCUGCUGCAGCUACACCGUGUGUCGAGUACGGUGCAGAAGGCCUAUCCGAGCUUUGAGUUCCACAGGGCGGUCACGGCGAUCAAUCGGUGGGUUGCUACGGAUUUGUCGGGGUUCUACUUUGAGGGGAUCAAGGAUGUUCUUUACUGUGAUUCGCCUACGAGUGCGAGACGAAGGAGUGCGCAGACGACGCUCCACUACAUUUUGAGUCACUUUCAGGAAAUGCUCGCUCCGGUGGCGCCGUUGUUGGUGGAAGAGAGUUGGGCUCAUACCCCGGAAGAGUAUAAAAGCAAGCUUGAGCAUCCAUUGAAGCGAAUAUGGGCGGAGCCUCCGUUAGAAUGGCAGAAUCAAGGGUUGAGCGAUUUGUUGCCUAGCAUUAUUGCUAUCAACACGGGCGUCAAGGCGGCACAGGAAAAAGCACGUUCGGAGAAAUUAAUGGGGCAAUCACUUGCAUCGGAUGUCGUGGUGUAUCUCCAGCCAGAGAUCGAUGUGUCCCAGAUACCUGAUGAGAGUUGGAAAGAGAUGUUCGUAGUGUCCGGGGUGGAGGUUGUCAGAGACAAUGAAUUUCGCACGCUCUCAGAAGCAGCCGACAAGACAUCUGGAGCUCAAUGGGCACACUCGAGCCAUAUUGAGCUACCAGUGGACAACGUGGUUGGGACUGCGGUGGUCCGAAGUCCUGAUGGGAAGAGAUGUGCCCGCUGCUGGAAGUACGUGGUGAAAUCUGCAGUGUCUACUCCUACUGUUGCCGAAGUUGUUCCUAGCGAUGAUGCGGGCAAGCCAGGCCUUCCGCUGUGUGGAAGAUGUACCAAUACUGUGGCGGAGUUUGAAAAGUAA